ACUCCUCUGCUCUUGGCCUGGCGGAUUACCCUCCCCCUCUCUCCACUGGACCGGACUCGUAAACACUGCUAACACCAACACUGCCGUCUUGCUGCCAUCUGAAGGCCUCAACUCCAACAGCUUGUUUACUUGCCUGGGCUCCCACCUGGCCCUCAAACAACCAACAGAGUGCAGCACACGCACAUAUAUUCCUCCUGCAGAGCCGGAGUGUUUUGCCUAUGUGACUAACAAUAAACAGUAUCUGAUGCUGUCCUGCUCCUGGGAUGGAGGGGCCCCCAAAGCCUUGGUGUGGUGGGAGGGCCCAGAUGGCCAGGCCAAAGGUGGAGAAGAAAACUCCAACAUCCUGAUCCUUCGCUACGGCACCGCCCGCAGCGGAAAACCCUACACCUGCCAUGCUAAGCAUCCACUUCUGGUCCAAACCAAAACCUGCAGGCUGACACUGGGUCAGUUCACAUUGUCAGACACACCUGACAAGAAAAUAGCAAAUAAGAUUGGUUAAUUAACUAAUUUAUUCAUUGUCCCCUGUAGAGGCUCCUGUAUUGCUGACACAGCGCAGAGUUGUGUCUGCAUACGAGGGGAGUGACGUUCAGCUCACCUGCAACCUGAGAUCCAACUACCUUCCUGUCAGUGAAAUCACCUGGUUUAACAAUCAGGGUGUGGGCGUCCUAGACACCUCAAAGUACGCACUGCUGCAAACAUCUGCCUGGGCCAAUCUGACUGUAAGAAACACAGAUGAAACUCAAGACAGUGGCGAGUACAGAUGCACCACUUCCAACGCAGUGGGAGGAACUGAAAUCAAUGUCACUUUGGUGAUCAAAAGGUACCCCAUGCCACCCAAUGUGACCCUGGUCAAAGUGAUGUACAACAGCCGACAGCGUAACGAGGUGGAGCUGGAGUGGCAGGUAGAGAACGAAGGAGGAGGAGGAUGGACAGGUUUCAUCCUGCAGCACAUAUGGGUGUCAGAGCGACCCGGAAGGAGAGGCAGCAACAAUGAUUCAAAACAAGAGACGGAGGAGAGGAUCAGUCCACCAGACUGGUACCCUAUUAUCAUCCAGGACCCAGAAGUCAGGAUUUACACAGUAGGGAGACUGACACCGACCGUUACUUACCAAUUCCGCAUCACACCUGUCAACCACCGCACCGUCGGACACCCUUCUGCAGCAAAGACUCCAGCGGAACCACGCUACAAUGUGUACCCUGCUGUGGUUGGAGCAGCUAUAGGCGGGAUGCUCUUUGCAGCCUUCCUAACAGCGCUGCUGCUCGUGUUCAUAAUCCGCAACCGCAACAACAAUCCUCGACUACAUGACAUGCUGUUUGGUUUGCAGCAUAGCCAGUCAAGAGAAAACAUCAACUUCCCGGAGGAUGAAUUGGAAGGCAGGUCAGAGGGAGGAAUUGAGGAGAUUGGUGGAUCAUCCAGUCCAGGUCCAACCAUGGUUUUACCCCGGGCAGCUUCACCCCUCACCACCUCACCUACGAGUGCCACCCCCGCCACCAGCCAAGCUCCUCCCCCUGGAGACGACAAUGAACCUGUUAGCGUCACAAUCACCGUCAAGGCCACAGGCUCAUAGUCAUACAUGUAGGCUAUAUCACAGACUUCUUCGGUUGUAGUUUAACCUGGAAUUAAGUUUUGCUGACAGUUUGGACA